AGGUAGUGUGACAAGCCUAAUUAUAUUUAUGUAGACUUGGUAAAUUACACUUAUUUGUGAAAGAGAUAACCCCAGCAUUAUCGUUACCUAUUUUAUCUUAAUGACCUACAAAACUAAAUUAUCGUUGAUUAUAUUAAGCAUAAAAAGCGUUGUGAAGUAAUUUCAAUUUUAGACGUGCCUAAAAAGUAGAGGAAAAUGGCGCAAUUCACAUUUGAAGGCGAUUUUGAAGUCCUUGCUGACCCUCAAAUAAAGUUAGUUGAAAGUGCUCUUCAGAAACAAGGAUUCACAAAUGGAAAAAUUAUUGUAGAACCAGUUGGUCAAAAAGGUGAUAAUUACGUUGCACACGUGAAGAGAUUUAUAUAUGAAGCGGAAGAUGGAACAACAUUUAAGAUGAUCGGAAAAGUUGCACCUGUAGCCGAACAAAUAAGACUAAUGAUGAAUACAAUGGUUCUAUUCAAUAACGAAACUGUAAUGUACAAUCUAGUUUUGCCUAAGCUGAAUGAUAUUCAAAACUCAGCCGGUGCCACUGACGAUGAAAAAGUAAGAUUUCCCACUUGCUACGGAGUUGUGACUGAAGAACCGUACGAAUUUAUUCUGCUUGAAGAUUUAAAAGAGGCAGGUUUUGAGAUGCUGGAUAGACUGAAACCCUUAACCAAUGAAAGUGUUCGUUUAAUUGUUAAGGAUUUGGCCAAAUACCAUUCACUUUCUUAUGCGUUCAAAAAUUCUGAACCGGAAAUAUAUGAAAAUUACUCAAAUAAACUAAAAAAUAUGUGGACCAUUAUGUCUGCUGAACCUGAAUCACAGCAGUUUUUUGAAUCGGGUGAGAAUGAUCUUCUCAAAAUGAUGCAUGAUGUGAGUGACAAGUACAAGAACGUAUUAAGAGGGUCGUUGACACAGAUUGCUGCAAUUGCUAAGAAACUUCAAAGUUACGAAAAGGGUUCAAAAUUUUCUGUGAUCCUGCAAGGUGACUGUUGGAAUAACAAUAUCUUGUUCCGGCUUGAGGACGGCAAGCCUGUUGAAGACGUGAUGAUCGACUACCAGCUGUCUAAUGAAAGCAGCCCAGCAUCCGACCUCCUAUAUCUUAUAUUCAACUGCACAGACCAUGCCACUAGACUGAAGCACUACCAAGAAUGGAUCGACUAUUACCACGAAAACCUCGACUACUCACUUAAACUACAUGGUCUUAAAGCCAACCGCAUAUUUUCCAAAGACCAACUCGACGCAGACCUUAGAAGAUAUGGAAAAUGUAUGGUUAUUCUAGGCGUGAUGCUCUCUUCUAUGUUAGUAAGGGAAUCUAAAGAUGUAGUAGAUAUGAAAGAAAUGACUGCCGAUAGGGAGAAGCUGGUGGAAGAUACAAUAGCACUGAUGGACGUCUCAUUAUUGGAUGUAUCGACUAUUGUUAAAAUAAGAGAAAGAAUCAUGGGUAUUAUUGAUACUGCUCUUGAGUUUGGACUUAUUUAAGUUUUUGAAAAAGACUUAAUUAUUUAUCUUUGAAAAAAAAAAAAUUAUUAUUUCUCUUAAAAAAAUAACGUGAGAAUAUUUUUGAGUCAUCAUUGUUUAUGAUAUUUAUUAAGCACGUACAGUCACGUCUGAAAAUAUCGAUACGAAAAAAGUGCCAAAAUAUGUAUACACUACCUUAAUAUUAUUAUUAUUAUUAUUUGGAGUCUGUCGUGUCCCACUGCUGGGCAAAGGCCUCCUCCCAAUCUCUCCACUGAUCUCUGUCCAGUGCUAUGUCUGGCCACUCCUUCAAGAAGGAGUCCAGUUCAUCCCGCCAUCGCCGGUGAGGUCUGCCAGAUCCCCGAUUCGAGUUUUCGGGCUCCCACUCUGUAGUGACUUUGCCCACAACUCAUUCGGCAUUCCGCAGACGUGACCAGCCCAAUCCCAUUUUAGCUUGGCCGCUUAAUAUAUAGGCAACAAAGUCGUGUAUACAUAUUUUUGCCACUUUUUUCGUAUCGAUAUUUUCAGACGACCGUAUUAUUGAAAAAUAUAACAUUUUGGAAUUGUUGUCUUUAUAUUUAAGGUUGUUUUCUGCUUCGUGUUCUAGUGAGUUACACGAAACAAACACAGUAGGAAUAACAAAAAUAAAUGCUUUAUAGAUUCAAACUUAAAUUUGCAUCAUGAAUUAAAGGAAUUCGCCGGAAGCGGUAACUGAUUUGUCAAAAUAAAGGUUCAAAAUUGAUUGGAACGGGAAACCUUUUUAUAGGUACCUGGGCAGCUACAGGUUAACAGGCAUAUAUAGAUCGUGUCAUUCACGACGACGCGUGCCUUUACUCUUACUGUCAUGUUAUUAAAGGUUAGAUUUGACAAAUCUGCGCGUCAUCGUGGAUGACACGAGUUAUACUUCAACACACUAAAAAUGUCAUAAUAAAAUACGAAUAUGUACUUAAUACCUAAUUGUUGAUGCCUAAGAUAACUUGUAUUAUGA